CAAUAUAAUAUUCAAAUAUAUAUGGUAUACGGAUAGUUAGUAGUAUUGUUGUUCGUAUCUCUAUAAGGUCUGCUAAAGUGCGGUAGACUACUUCAGUAGCAUAUGCGAGAAUUUGUAUAAUCGUAUGGAUUCUACUGAUUGGCUAGAAGUGAAAGUAUCACACACACGCAGACAACAUACAGAGAUAUGUGGAUGUAAAUCAUAACCACACCAUAUACACUUAUACGUUUAGUUAGAAGGCAUAAUGAAGGUACUUGCCACACACGCGUGCAGAUUUGCACACACUAUGCAACCUGCAUCAACAAGGGUACUAUUUGCCCAAAAUCAGAGGCAGACGGUUCUUCACAACACACAAUCAGCGUCAUGGUUCUCAGCAAGUCUCUUCACCACAGCGUCCCCAGCAUCAACACAAAGCUCACGUAGGCCAUCUCAGCUCAAACGCAAGGGGGUCAAACACGUGCGCAUGUCACCUAGAGCGUCUCGACACCUUACUGAACUUCGACAACAAGUAAAGACAGCCGCCUCCCCUGAAGUUUUAGCUAAGUGUGUAAUAGACAAAAAAAUACCGGAGCAGGAAAAGCACAACUUGGUGUUCGACUCGCCUGUAAGCGUACAUCAUGUGACUGAGGGACUGACGAAUGAUAUGGAGGGGCUGUUCAAAUGCGAGAAACCCGAGGCUAUCAUUAAGCAGAUAUCUAGGGCGCAUGAAAG